UGUGAGUGGCAGCCGAUUGGUCCAAUUAGACAUACAGUGGAGGAGCCGGUGGUGGGAGAAGGCGGGAGAUUCAAGCUGCGAAAUAGCCGCUGGGCUUAGUGUGAGCCUGUCGAGCCACGGGAACAGAGCUCCGAGCUUGUCAGUGGCAGAAUCGGGCUCCAAGUUGUUACUGGCUUCUGAGAUGGGGGCUUCGGAGAGCACCCCAGCAACACCCACUUGCAAACCUUUGCUUAAUAAACACCUGGCACAUGUCAGUGACCCACGAUCACCUACAGCUGGGAUCUUGAGAACUCCCAUAGAGGUUGAAAACUCCCCUCAGGUGAGUCCCCUGGCUGAACCCAAAGAAGAUGGAUUAGUAGCCGAUGACCAGGAUCUGAACUGGGACCCUCGCUCCCCGACACUUGGUAUCUCACGCACUCCCAUGAAAGCUGUCAUGGCUGACACCGUAGACUGCUUAGUGAAGCGGCUCAGUGAAGCCUUUAUAGCAGAGACUGUGGAGGAGAAACUGCUUCUAGCAGAGCCCCACCACCAGGGCCUGGAGUCUGAAGUUGCCUUUGUCCCGGAGGAGGCUUCAAGGGAGGAGACCGCUUCUGUAGAAGCAUCCCAGGGAAGUCCUUUGUUGGCAGAGGAGGGGAAAGAGGAGCAACUAUCCUCCAGCACUUCUGUUGCAGCCUCAGCAAGACCAGCUCUCUCUGUUGGAGUCCCUUGUUCUACAGGGAGCAAGCAAGCAAGGCGCAGAGCCAACAGCAAAAUACUGGCAAUGUCAACGGCGGCUGGACGGUCUCCCCUUAGCAUCCUGCAGGAUGACAAUUCCCCAAAUUCCCUUUCAUCUUACCAGGGUAAGAGGCAUCCAUCGCUGUCGGAUAAUCAGAGAGAGCACAAGGAGGGAGUGCUAAGCUCUGGGCGAAGCCUCAAAGUGGGCAGCUCUACCUGGGACUCCUUGAGCAAGGAGAAUCGGCAGUGCCAUCUGGUGGAAAAUUAGUCUCCUUUCGCCACUCCAUGGGUUCUUGGCCUCCGGUAAGGCAGCCUUGAAGAACCAAGGAACGGUCGUGGCAGUGGAGCCUCUGCCUCUCAGCAGUGUCUUUCCCUUCUGCCAGUCCGGACCUGGAUAGGAAAGGAACUGCUCUCAACAGAUCUUCCAUUGCUAGAUUCAUCCUUGUGUGUUUGCGUGUAUAGAUUCCUGUAUAGCUGUUUCGGGGACGUCUUCACUGUUACCAAGUUUUCACGGUCUGAGUUUUCCACCUGUAUAAUAAACUUCGUUUUUAGUGGGA